AUGAGCGACGGCUGCCUGGGUGCUGGUGAGGAGAGCGUGAAGGUGCUGCGGCUGACUCUGCCGAAUGACCUCCCGGGCGACAGGCGCGAGCAGCCGAAGCAGAAGCCAGUAGGAAAAGCCUUCGCGAUGGUGGCCAACAGAUCCAGCAACGGUCACUCCCUGGCCUCCGAAUGCAUCAAAUCCAACGAUGGCGAUGAGGAGAUCAUCAAGGUUUAUCUCAAGGCACGGGCCGAGGGCAGCAUGAACCACGAGGAGCACGUCAACCAGCUGAAAAGUGAAGUUCGUUACAUUCAAGAGGUCAUGCUGGAAAAGCAGAACGGGAGUUGGCUGUACCCCGAGAGCCUGCGUGCCGAUUCCUGGGAGGACCAGGAGGAGGACUGCUCAGGUGAAGAUGUGGAAAAGAUCCGACAGACGGCAAAGAGGCUGUUCACGAAGCUGCAGGAGGCUGAAAAGCGCCAUCAGCUGGAAAAGAAGGCCUUUGAGAGGACGGUCUCGCAGUACCAGGAGGAAGUGGAGCAGACGAGCUCUGCCCUGCGGAGAGCGGAGAAGAGCGUGGCGGAGAAGGAGGUGCAGGUGGAUGAGCUGCAGAGACUCCUGGCAGGGAUGGAGAAGGAGCACAGGAGUUUGCUGCUGAAGAUGAAAGAAGGCGAAGCAGAGCUGGCGAGGCUGCGAAGCGUGGAAGGUGACAAGCUCGCCGAACAAGACCGGUCAGCCCAGCUGGAGAAGGAGGUGGCCAUGCUGCGGGAGAAGAUACACCAUCUGGACGACAUGCUGAAAAGCCAGCAACGCAAAGUCCGCCAGAUGAUCGAGCAGCUCCAGAACUCCAAAACGGUGAUUCAGGCCAAAGAUGCCAUGAUCCAGGAGCUCAAGGAGAGAGUCGCUUACUUGGAGGCUGAGAACCUGGAGAUGCAUGACCGCAUAGAGCACUUGAUCGAGAAGCAAGUCAGCCGGGGCGGCCACAGCUCCAGAGUGCGCUCGAAGUCGGAGUACGUGAGCAGCAAAAGGCUGACGGGCCCCAAGCCGCUGCCUCUCAUUCGAGUAGUGGAGACAUGAGUUUCGAGGGCCGGUCCGAGCUGAAGACUCUCCCCUUGUUAUCGUUGACUGGAUUUCCCUGCUUGACUGCCGCCCUCUGGCCUCUGUGCUCCCGGAGUCUCCCCGGAGCUGUCGGCGGAGGGCUGUGCCCUGGAGAACUGUGGCAGCCGAGGACAGACGUAGCCGGGGCGGUCCUGGCAGAGGAAGGAGGUUUGUGAAGCGUCCACAUUGCUGUCCCCACUGGGUCCCAAGGUCACACGGAUGCCAGUUUGGAGGCCGGGAGCAGCCGGUCCCGGCAUGGACACGGUGGCUCUCUGGCUGGAGAGCCGGGCUCCCUUUCCCUGGUCAGUCCUGGGUUUGCCGGGGUUGCUCUGCGAGAGCAGCCUUUGCUUCUGAAGGGCCUCAUCCGAACAGAGCCCCCCCUUCAGCUUGCAGCUUGCCAACAUGGACUUGGGGUUUAACCUUUU